AUGGAUCCAAUGAAUACCGGAGAACAUACUGAAUUAGAUGACUUGGCUCUUCCUCGUUCUAUUGUUAUGCGUUUAAUUAAACAGGUUUUACCCCAGAAAAGUACAGCACAAAAGGAAGCGGUCAAGGCCAUUACGAAUUCAGCGACUCUUUUUGUUAGUUAUUUAACAUCUGCUGCUGGAGAAAUUUCUUCUACAAAAAAUCGGAAAGUUGUUAUGCCCCAAGAUGUUUUGAGUGCUCUACAGGAAAUAGAAUAUCCCGAUUUCACCAAUCAACUAGAUGCUCAUCUUCAAGCAUACGAAGCUGCGUUGAAAGAAAAGAAGCUAAAAAUUCCUCACGUGGAUGAAGAUAAAUCUACGAAGAAAAGCAGGUUGGAUCCACAGGACAAACUUGUGCAGGAAACGUCUUCUGGAAUGGAAGAAAACGAUAAAGAUGAAUUAGAGCAAGAAGAUGUUGCUGAGGAAUUGGCACAAGAAAAUAUUCUCUCUGAUAGAGAGGAUGCGGAUAUGGAGGCAACAGAAAACCCUGUUGAAGAUUCUGUUGAACCCAAUUACAUAGAUACUAUUCACUUAACUGAUGCAACAGGAAAUCCUAUUGAUGAAGGCAGUUCAGAUUCCGACGUAAAUGAAUCAGAACCCGAGCUGCACGGAUCUCCUAAUAACUCUUCGUAA